CUUCUCUCUUAUCCUGCGAAUAAGGCUUCCUUACUUAACAGCUAAAUCUCCUUCUUUAUCCCCUGCGGGGCCCAGAAAGAGAAGCUUGCUACUUUAGAGGAGAAGCUGUGCGACGCAAACCCAAUUUGUGUCGGAAUUCUGUUCCAAAGCAGAAUUCGAACGUCCUUCCAUCAUGGGAAAUCUAGCGAAACCCAUCGCUUUCGUCACGGGUGUGCUCUCACACCUCUUAUACUUCCACCAUGGCGAGCAUCACAUGAAUGGUUUGCUCUAUAUUUUCACUCUCCUCAGCGGCACUAGCGCUGGCACACUUGUUGCAAAAACGCAAUAUGGCUAUAGCCUCCUUGAGGCCAUCAAAUUGGUCGUGCCCGUUGUCGGGACCUGGCUGGCGGGAGUGUAUUCGAGUCUGAUCAUAUGGCGCGCCUUCUUUAAUCCUCUUAACAAAUUUCCCGGCGCAUUCAUGGCACGGAUGACGAGUUUCUGGUGGACGACCCACAUUGGCUCAGAAUCUCAUGCGUUCCUGAAGAACCAAGCCCUCCAUAAGAAGUAUGGAAAGUUUGUACGAAUUUCUCCUAACCAGGUCUCCGUCGCCCACGAGGAUGCGCCUGAGCUCUUCUAUGGCCACAAAUCUAAGUGCAGGAAAUCCGAAUGGUACGAUGGCGAUAAGCCUCUCACCUCCAUGCACACUUCGCGAGAUCGUCCAUUGCAUGAUCGACGACGAAGAGUCUGGAGUCCAGCGUUUUCAGACAAGGCACUUCGCAACUAUCAGCAGCGUGUCCAGCCUUACGCCGAUCAGCUCUUGCGCCGUAUCGAGGAAAUGAAAGGCAAACCAGUGAAUGUCGCACAGCUUUUUAAUUUCUUUGGUUACGACGUGAUGGGCGACCUUGCCUUUGGAAAGGAUUUCGGCAUGCUCCAGAGCGGCGAGCAGCAUUACGCUGUGACUCUUCUCAAUGAAGGAAUGCAGCCGUUUGCGAUUUUCCCUCCUGUCUGGUUCUUUCGCAUUUUGGCAGCCAUUCCAGGUAUGGCUGCGGGCUAUCACAAAUUCGUCAAGUACUGCGACGAUCAACUCCAAGAGCGGCUCAAGAAGAAGCCAAAGGACAUUGAUCUUAUGUCGCCUGUUGUAGCCCCAUUCGAAGAAGGAAAGCGAAAGCCGAACAAGUUGGAAUUAUCUUAUCUGUGUGCGGACUCCCGCCUUGUUAUUGUCGCAGGAAGUGACACAACCUCUGCAACUUUGGUGUACGUGUUCAACUAUCUCGCCAGGGAUCCGGCCUUGGUAGAAAAGGCCCGCAAGGAGCUUGAACCUCUCGUCUCCGCGGAUGGUUCUUUCGACAACAAGGAAGCGGCCAAUGCAAAUUUCAUCAAUGGCUGUAUCAACGAAGCACUUCGACUGAAUCCACCAGUCCCAACCGCUCUUCAGCGCUUGACUCCUCCGGAAGGCUUGAUGGUUGGAGACACAUAUAUUCCGGGCAACACUUGUGUUUGGUGCCCAUCCUAUGUAAUGGGUCACUCCGAGGAGAUCUACGCCCAGCCCGAGGAGUUCAUUCCGGAGCGCUGGUAUAGCAGACCAGAACUUGUCAAGAAGAAGGAGGCAUUCUUCCCGUUCUCACUUGGACCAAUGGGCUGCAUCGGCAAGCCAUUGGCUCUUAUGGAGCUUCGUAUUGUCAUGGCGAAGCUGUUGCUUGCAUUUGAUGUCUCUUAUGCUCCGGGCGAGACUGGUAAGGACUUGAUUGAGAAGAGCCGCGAUCACUUCACUAUUGAAACCGGACCACUUCAUCUUGUCUUCACGCCACGGAAGAAUUGAAAAGCUGGUUCGAAACUGGGCCUAGAUUAUAGUCUCGCUCACAUGGUAGCUGGAAAAAUCCAAUUUAAAAUCCACGGCGAGGUGCUCGCUACCCCCCAGAAUUCAGCACACUCUGCGACACGCAAUUGAAGUUUGAUCUAAUUCACCAUGUCGUUGCAAAUUGCUGCUUUCCUGGCCGUGGCGAUAAUCUACAGCGACAUUCAGUCGAAAAAAAUAACCAAGAGGUAAAAUAUAUUGAUUUCUGGUAGAGUAUCAUGAUACCGAAACUGCUUUGCGCGUUAAAUCACUGCGAUCUUGGUUGUGGGGAGGCC